UACCUGUGGGACCAAAAAAAUUCGGAGACCCUGGUUCACACCGUACACAAUUCUGCAGAAUUAUCAUUUCCUCAUCUCUGGCUCCUUGUACAACCAGCAUCUCCGAAAACAAAACUAUCCCUGAAAAUCUCGUUGCAAGAUGGCGAUUAAGCCGGAGCUCUUGUUUUCCCUAUCCAUUACAACCGGGACUCUGUCUCUCGUUGGAUCGUGCUUGUUGAUUGCCACGAUCUUGCGCUCGAGAAAGAAGCUGAGCCUCCCAUACAGGCGUAUAAUCUUCGGGACGAGUGUCUUCGAUGUGUUCCAAUCUUUGGGUUUGACUUCUUCUAUCUUCCUGAGCCCAAAGGAUGUGGAGCCUCCAGUACCAUACGCAAUCGGAAACACCUCGACAUGUACUAUUCAAGGAUUCUUAACCACCAUCGGAGCAAUUGGAGUUCCGAUCUACCUGUGCUCUUUGAGUAUCUACUACUUCUGCACCAUCCCACUGAACAUGAAGGCUAGGACUUUCAAGAAAAUCGAACCCUUUCUCCAUGCUGCUCCAUUGGUCUACAGUCUCUCUGUCGGCUUCUAUGCCCUGGCAAAUCAAUACUACAACAAUGCCGGGUCAGUUUGUUAUGUCGCCCCCUCACCGCUAACGUGUGAAAUCCUUCCAGGUGUUGAGUGCAAUCGCGGGGAGGGAGCAUCGAAAUUCCGCGUCAGGUUUUUGAGCUUUCCUAGCAUGAUCAUCUUCGUCAUCGUGUGCACCACCAUGGCGGUCAUCACCUAUUCGGUGAAGAAACAAGAGAGACGACAGAGGCGCCACUUGUUCCCCUUGCACGGGGGAGGCGAGGUAUCGGAUGCCUCGUCUCCGGUAUGGAGAAGACUGAAAAGGAUCGGUUCAGUGUUCAUUGAUGUCCUAUUCUGCGUUCCGUUGUCGCGAAAGAACGAAAACGAAAACGAGAAUGACACCGGCAUUGAUUUGGAUGGCACCGCAUCGCGGGGAGAGAACGAAUGCCCAUCGGAACCAAAAGCAGAAUCGGCCAGAACGGAGAUGUCGCCGGGUCCAAGCCAGAGAAUUUCUUCGUCAAGCAGAAGACGGUCCAGCACCCGAAUCCGGGAAACAACGACACAAGCGCUGCUUUAUGUUGGUUGUUACGUCCUAUCCUACGGUUUCGUCUGGGCUCAGAGCAUCUAUUCUCUGGCAACGAAUCUACCCCCUCCCAAGGCUUUCACCCUGCUGUCAUCUAUAUUCUUCCCGCUUCAAGGUUUCCUAAACGUAUUCAUUUACUGUCGCCCUCACAUUGUAUCUCUGCGAAGAAAUUUUCCAGACGAUUACUCCUGGUUUCAAGCUUUCGUAAAAGUUCUGAAGUCGGGGGGAGACGAUCCUUUGACAGUUCAAGAACGACGAAUGAUCAGAAGGAUAUCAUCGAGCAUAACGGUGUCCCACCCAAGCACAAGGAGACCAUCGAUGUCAGCGGGUAUGGGGGACUAUGAGGCAGACUCACAGAUGACUGUUACAAUGACAUCGAGAACCGAGAUAUUCGAAAGGAGAUCCUCCAUAACUUCACGGACCACUGCGGACCUCGAAGAGGUUCCGGACAACAUCCAGGACAGCGAAAAAGCAGAGAUGGGCUUUAGCAAGAUCACCAUCCCACAGGGAGAUGCAGAACACGCGCAGCAUAAUCACGAUUGCAAUCGCAUUGAGUCGUCGGGGGAAAAUCGCCAACAAUCGGAAUCCAGCGAACCCGAGGUGGACGAUUCGGACCAUUACAGAAGACCAAGCGCUCGCGACGAGCCUGGAAACAAAACCAGCGUAACGCCCGAAAACAAUUUGUCGGAUGUGGAAAUAAUACCAGAAUCUCUCGAGGACUUUAUACACGAAGCGGAGGAAGCACUCGAUGAUGCGUUGCACGAGGUUCUGGAACUAGCCAGAGAAGCAGAAAACGAAGCGAACGGCGAAGUUUGACAACGCGCAAACGAAAAUGUCGCUGCUUCGAAACGUUAGAUUGGUAGUAGUCAAGCGGAAAAGUGAACUAAACGGAUGUUCCAUCUGAAUUACAAAUUCUAUUCAAGUCCUCGUAUGAUUGAAGAAGACACAUUAUUGUUAAAAUCUCAAAAAUCUUCUUCCGUGUCGUAUCAUGAUGAAAUAUAAUCGCUGUUGAAGAUUUGGUUUUUCAUUUGAAGAGAUACACCAAUGCACUGCAGAAAGUGCUAUUCGUAACAGUACCUGCAGUACCGUACAAUGGUGUCAGUACUAGUACGAGUGGGUCAAAUUUGACUUGGUUGUUGCAGUCGAAAAUCCUCGAAGCAGGAGGUUGCGUAUCAAGGAUAAUACCUUAUUACUACCGUACUACGCAGCACAGAAUUAUAUUUUUAUUA